AUGGCUUCAACGCUUCCAGAAACACCUGGCAGAGGGCGUUCUCGAUUCUCGAAAGUGUUGCCAACUGCGCCGCGAGAAAACGAUUCGCCAGCCUCGAUAGCUAGAUAUUAUCUUUCAUCCCCUCUCCCUCCUCUCCCCAAAGAUGCUGCCACUCCAUCGAUGGCGAUACCUCGCCGACCAGUAGGUAGUGAACGAGUCGUCCAUUCCCAGGCCCAUUCAAUCGCCAGUAUCCCUUCAGACUAUUCAAACUCUCCUCCGAGCCGGUCACGGAGUUCGUCGGUUUCGGAUACCAGCAGCAGUGGGAGCACAAGACAAUCGCCGGGAGAUGUGGAUGUGCAUAGUCGCCAUGGCCAUCUAGAUGUUGUACCAGCAACCCCACGAGAUAUUGACAAUCGCCAUGACGAUUCAGACGCCGCACCGGCAUCACCACGCCGAGAUGUAGAUAAUCGCCAUGGCGAUUCAGAUGCUGCACCCCCUCCACCUCCACUACCUCCAAAGGACCAGAAGCGUCGAGAGUUAGCGGACGCAUCAACAUCACCUUUAUCACAAAGACCAAAGACGCCUCCUCCCCCUCACAUCCUAGCAUCUCCCGCGUCUGGCUUUGAUUAUUCUCCAGCCCCAACUGAAAUCUGGAGACGCCGUUCAGAGAAGAGUGACAGGUCUAUAAAGUUUCCGGGAUUGAAGUUACAAGCAAGCAACGGGUCGACAGCCAGUCCUCCAAAGGAGCAAGAGCCACCAACUGAACGCUCCUUGCCUACGGUUCCUUUCCAACUCCCCCCUAGAACAACAAGUCGAAAACCUAUCCCGGCGCGGCCUGCUCCGUCCCAGCCAUACGUGAUGGGCAAUGAACUUACGAAACUCAAGGAGAAGGGCUCAAGAGAUACAUGGAUGACUGAGGAUGAGCAGCUCAGUCAGGGGCCCCGAAGCUUCUCUGUUAUCCAGCGUCCAGCCACCGUGAAGUCAGAGAUGGAGCCAGACAAGCAAACCGAGAAAAAGACAGAGAAAGACCAACCGGAAACAACAUCACGAGAGCUUGUUCCAUCACCAUUUACACUCGCGGAUGAAGCCAUUCCCCAGCUUCCCCCCAAAUCAGAUGCCCGCCGUACCAAAAAUGACAGGUUAAUGCCCAACCUUUCUGUCACCGGUUCUAGCGAAGGCUCAGCAUUUUUCUCUACACAUUCCAAUGGUUCGACCGAGACUGUCACUAUCAAAUCGAGCUCGAAAAUUCCAGGCUCCAACUUACCGCUACAAAGCAUGGAAUCCCAGGCUGCGUCUGAGGUCAUGACCCCGCGCGCUUCUUCUCCUGAGGAGGAUGAAAAUCGUACUCCGCCACCUGUCAAGAUCUCCUUCCCAAUCUAUUCCACAGCUGUUGCUCCUCCAGGAACAGUCUUCCCUGGUCCGCCAAUCGGCCGCGCCCACCUAGACUGCCACCAAGCUCAUCGCUUUAUGCGGAGGUUCAAUAACACGCUCUAUCCUGUGGGAUGCAUGAUUUGCUUGAGCAGAGAUACGGAAUCCCGAUGGGCCUGCAGAUGGUGCUGUCUGAGUGCUUGCGGACCCUGCAUGCAAGUCUUGACAUCAACACCAGGAAGGGAUCUAAAAACGUGCCUGGAAAAAGUAGAGAAGACGACUACCUAG